AUGAAUAUAAGACAAGCAACCGUUGACGAUCUACUUGCAAUGCAAAAUUGCAAUUUAAUGAAUCUUCCUGAAAACUAUCAAAUGAAAUAUUAUUUCUAUCACGCUUUAUCAUGGCCACAACUUUCAUUUGUCGCCGAAGAUCAUAAAGGAAGAAUUGUUGGCUAUGUUUUGGCGAAAAUGGAAGAAGAUACUGAUGAUCCGCACGGACAUAUCACAUCACUCUCUGUAAUGCGAACAUAUCGAAGAUUAGGUAUAGCAGAGAAACUAAUGACGCAAUCGCAAAAAGCGAUGCUCGAAGUCUUCAAUGCACGAUACGUUUCUCUGCAUGUUCGACGAAGUAAUCGUGCCGCACUUCAAUUGUAUCAGGAUACUCUGAAGAUACACGAUACAGAAGAGAAGUACUAUGCGGAUGGUGAGGACGCUUAUGCAAUGCGAAAAGAUUUAAUAACGCCAAGUAAUGUCGCGUCAUCUUCGUCACUGGUACAACCAAUAACGAAACUAACUGAAACUAUAAGUAAUAAAAGUACGAUCACAUCAUUUGGUUUGAAUAAUAAAAAUGACGAAGAAACCGUGGGAUUGACAUUCUGCUUGGAUUUGAACGCUGUCUGCCUUAUUAGACGAGGAAGUAGCCAAUACCUGGACAUUCUAUUUCCAGCUGUUCUCUGUAUAUAUAAUCGAAAACACCAAACGCCAGAUAAUAUUUGGCAUCUUUCUUUUCCCAAAACGCUUCUUCAGUUGAAAGAAAUUCACGGACUCCUAUUUCGAUCGAGGUGUAAUCAGGAUAAUCCAGAUCAUGAAAUUGACAAAAUUCGUCAAGCAGAACUGUGGGGGCGUUUUAAGGGUUGUCCGGAUAGAGCCGAAGAAUGGGGAGACUUACAAACGUAUCUCUGGAAAGGGCGUCUAAGAAUAAUUGCUAUCGGGGAAAAGUGUUUUAUAAGACUUGAGGACGGAACUACGGGUGAAUUAUUCGCCGAAUGUCCUUAUGAUCCUAACAAUAAUUCAGUCGAACCCGUCCGGGAUUCGAGUCGAUAUUUCGUUUUACGUAUAGAAGAUAAAGAUAAAGGACGGCAUGCAUUUAUUGGCAUGGGCUUCCAAGAACGGUCAGAUGCAUUUGAUUUUCAAGUGGCAUUACAAGAUCACAUAAAACAUGUAAGAGCAGAAAAAGAAGCGUCUUUACAAGCAAAAAAGGCAUCGUUGGAACCAAAAAAAGAUUAUAGUUUAAAAGAAGGACAGACGAUUAGCAUCGUAAUAGGAAACCAUCAUCACACGUCGAAAAGAACUCGUCCACAAAAUGAAAGCAAUGAGUCAUCCGCAGAUGUCCCGCUUUUACCUCCGCCGCCGUCUACCACAUCUAUCAAACAGCAGCAGCAUCUAAUGAAAUCAUUCUCCACAGUGACAAACCCUUCACAAAUAACACAAAAUCAAGUAUCAUCUGAAAAUAGCGAUUUUGGCGGUUUCGUUGAUUCUUUUUCUUAA